AUGGCACGUAUUGGUGCCCAGUAUCAACCCGAACAAUUAAUCUUCUUGGAUGAAUCCGCCAAAGACGAACGUACUAUAACAAGAGGUUAUGGAUAUUCGGAAAUAGACAUCCGAGCAAGAAAAAAAGUGAUAUUUGUACGCGGAGUAAGAUACACAGUUUGUCCAGCUUUAACUUUACAAGGAAUAAUUGCUGCUGAUAUUGUAGAGGGCAAUUAUACAAAGCAAAAAUUUAAGGAUUUUGUUAUAAGUCAA